AUGACCGGAUUGAACGCGUAAGUUCAAUAGCUAUUGUAAUCGAAAAUUCAUCUCCUUAUAUUUGCAGAAUCACUCCCUCGAAGGAUGUAAUAAGUUGGGCUGAGGCUGUCGAGCAAGACAGUAAGUGAAUGUCCGUGCUUUAUGAGGCUAUUCAGCGUAUGUUUGUUUUCGGUUUUUUUCGUUUUUUUACAUCGCUGAAUUGGGUUUUUUGACGUAAAAAAACGAAAAAAAAACGGAAAACAAUCACUUUUCUCACAGCCUGAAUAACCCCAUUAGAAUAGAACCGAACAUCGACGUGAACUUUUGUUUGUAUUUCCUCACGUCUUCAUUGUCUAUUUUUCUGAUAAUGUAUCUUUCAGCCGCACCUUACAUCGAGGAAGGAGUCGAUGGAAUUCGAACCGAAACCGCUUUCACUGAAGUCGAUGGAGUCAGAUACAAGGUAAAAAUUGCAGGAAGAAAUGAAGAGAAACUGCGUUUUCAGGUCGUGACUCAAUUUAAAAUCAUCAACAAACGCGUGCCGAAAGUUGUGGCUGACAGAAAACAAUGGGUGAAGUUUGGAAGCUGCAAGGGAGAGCCACCCGGUCCGCAGGUGGCCACGACCUAUGUCGCUGAAGAGGUCGAAAUGCAGUUUACGAGAAAUCGCGCUGGAGAGCAAAUUCUCGACGUCCAAGAAGACAAGCAGACUUCUAAGACGACAAGCCGUGAACAUUGCCGUCACUGCAAAGGAAAUGAUCACUGGAGUACGCAUUGUCCGUACAAGGUUAUGUACCAGCUCGACGAAGAGGCCGAUGCCGAAAAGGACGCCGAGAAGGAGCGUGGAGCCCUAGGGCUACGUGGAGAUGGUCGUCAGAUCGACAGAAACCGGUACACGAAUAAUUUCAAAAUGUACAAUAAAAUGUUUAUUUCAGCUCCGACGAAAACACCUGCCGUGUCACAAACUUGCCGCAAGAGAUGAACGAAGACGAGCUGCGUGAUGUAUUCGGAAAGAUCGGUCGCAUCACGAGAAUCUUCAUUGCCCGCGAUAAAAUCACCGGAUUGCCGAAAGGAUUUGCUUUCGUCACGUUCGAAUCGAGAGAAGACGCCGCCCGUGCUAUCGCUGAGCUCAACGACAUCCGAAUGUACCACAUGGUGCUCAAGGUGGAAUGGACUCGCCCGAGCAACUAAUCUGUUUCUCGAUAUUUAUUCCGUACUUGGUUGGUUUCCCUGUUCCUUCUCUAUCCAUUUUCUCUGAUAUUUCUUGGUUUUUCCUACACCUUUUCACACUCGUUCCAUUGUUGGUUCUAUUUUAGAAUUUUCCUGCUUGUUCACCAUCAAUAAACUCUAUGCCAUUGCUGCCCUUCUCAGUCCGAAAUGGUUUUUUCCGAUCGAUACUUUCUUCAAGAAACUGAACAGCAUCGCGAAAACGAUUGAAUUCUUCAGAUGGGUUUUUUGAAAAUUCUCCGGAAGCAAAGGGCCAGAGAAAGAGAGAUGAGAGUCCUGAUUCUCGGAUUGGACAACGCCGGAAAAACGACUUUGAUGAAGAAGUUUCUGGGCGAACCGACGGACUCAAUCGAGCCGACGCUGGGAUUCGAUAUCAAAACGGUGCACUUCAAAGAGUUCCAGCUGAAUCUGUGGGACGUCGGAGGACAGAAAAGUCUGCGGUCCUACUGGAAAAACUACUUUGAAGCGACCGACGCACUGAUUUGGGUCGUUGAUUCUUCCGACAGAGGUGAGUAACGAGAAGUGGCAAUUUAUAAAAGAAAUUUCAUUUUCAGAACGGUUGACACAAUGCGCCGAUGAGCUGAAGAAACUUCUGGGCGAGGAGAGGCUUGCGGGGGCGUCCCUUCUCGUCCUUGCCAACAAAAGCGAUCUUCCGGGCUCCCUCGCAGUGAAUUCGAUCGCUCAGGUUCGUCCUCCUCGCCAUAAAUCUCUCUCUCCCGCAAUCACAGUGUUCAGGUUCUCGACCUGCACUCAAUCAAGACACAUCACUGGAAGAUCUUCAGCUGCUGUGCAUUGUCCGGCGAUCGACUCAUCGACGCGAUGACGUGGCUUUGUGAAGACGUCGGCAGCCGCAUCUUUCUUCUCGACUGA